UGCGAUGUGACCUGUGUGAGAGCGAUGUGGUACAGAUGUACUGUGAUACAUGUCUUGUCAACCUGUGUAAGGCCUGUGUGGGAGAACACUUUUCUGUUGAUCUCUCUAAAUCUCAUAAAAUCGUUGAUUUCAAGGACCGAAACUCUACCCUUCUUUGCCCCAAAUGCACCUCUCAUGAUAAAGAAACGGGUGAAAUGUAUUGUUGUGAGUGUGACGUUCCUGUCUGUAGUGGAUGCAUUUCAACAGAUCAUCUGGGGCACAAUUUGAUGAAAAUCAUGCAAACCCAUGACGAAAAAAGGGACAACCUCAUCAAAGAACAAGUUGAACUCAACAACAAAAUUUUUCCAACAUACCAGGACAUUGCCUCAGAUGUACAAAACAGAAUGAGUCAGUUAGAAAAGGAAUAUGGAGAACUCUCAACAACCAUAACAAAACAUGGAGAGGACUGGCACGGAGAAAUUGACAAGCUUGUCAUGGAACUAAGAGUUGAAGUUGAUGAGAUGAAAAAAUCACAGUUACAAACUCUACAGAAACAUCUGGAUGAAAUAAACAAAAACAUUCAUGACAUCAAGGAUGAAAUAACAUUAAUCGGUACUGUCCUUAAUUCUACAGACAAUGCAAACACGCUUAGUAUGCCUUCAAAAGCUGAUGUGUAUAAAGCACUUCCAAGCAAAGUCAUAGUUUCCUUACCAGAAUUUAACCCAAAGGAAUUACUGGCGGACCACCUAUUUAGUCUGACACCAAUUCCGAAAAAAUCAGAUGAUCAUGGCUACCAAAUGAAGACAACAGAGAAAACACCAGAAGCUCGAUUCUCUUCUGCUAUCAAAAAGAUGUUUACUGAACCACACACUGUUACAACCAUAGAUACUGGAUAUGAAAAACUGUACAAUGUGGCCAGUCUUAGAAAGAAAGAAAUCUGGACAAAUGGUAUUGACAAUAAGAUGAAGCUCUUUAACGUCAUUCAGAAAUCACUACUCAAGUCAAUCAGAACCAAGUCAGGGAACACGCCAGAGGACAUAGCAGUAACAAAAAGUGGAGACUUAGUUUAUACUGAUUACAGUGCCAGAACUGUGAACCUUGUGAAGAAUGAGAAGACAGAGGAGGUGAUCAGACUAAAGAACUGGAUACCUCAUGGCGUCUCUAGCACCUCUUCUGGUGACCUCCUUGUUAUCAUGGGUAGUGAUGAUAAAAAGCAAUCGAAAGUUGUCCGUUAUUCUGGCUCCACAGAGAAACAAACCAUUCAGUUCGAUGAUAAAGGUAAACCUCUCUACUCAUCUGGUCGAUACAACAGAUUCAUUGCUGAGAACAGGAACCUGGAUAUUUGUGUGUCUGACUGUGCAGCUAAUGCAGUAGUGGUGGUCAAUCAGGCCGGGAAACUGAACUUCAGGUAUGCUGGACAUACUCCUGCUCCAAAGAAACACAAACCAUUCAGUCCACGAGGAAUCACCACAGACAGUCAGAGUCACAUCCUUACAGCUGAUCAUAACAACCACUGUGUCCACAUCAUAGACCAGGAUGGACAGUUCAUCCGUUACAUAGACUGUGGACUGAGUAAACCCUGGGGACUGUGUACAGAUACAAGUGACAAUCUGUUUGUUGCUCAAUGGAAAAACGGUCAAGUGAAGAAAAUCAAAUAUUACCAGUGAGAUCCAUCAUUAAAACAAUCUUUAAAACACGAUGAUCGUUCUAAACAUUUUCAUUCCCAUGAUAAAAUGUACUAUUUUUGAUAUGAUGGUUAUGAUAAUUAAU